GCCUUCCUUCCUUGUUUCUCCCUGCUGCGGUCAUGGGGCAAUAAUUAUGACUUAAAGGCUUUUGUUUUUCGAAAGCAGGGGUAAUAGUAUUAGUUAGGAAUGUUUUUAUUCCACUUUAGAACACCGAUAAGCUAAUGGAGUUCCAGGGGUUGCUCCUGCAAGUGGAGCGGUCUCUCAGUAAGACUGAUGCCCAGGCACUUGUGUUCCUUUGCGUUGACCUCCUUGAUCGUGAUCUAAGCUCUCUGUCCUCUACCGGAGAGCUGUUCAGCUUGCUAAUGGACAAUGACUUGUUGUCGAGUGAGAACACUUCUUUACUCACAGAGCUGCUUCACACUUGUCACCGGCAAGAUUUGAUACGCCAGUUGGGCCUCCGAACAGCUCUACAGCCAGGGGAAAGCCUCAUCGGGCCCUACAGAAAGCUCCUCUUUGACCUGUCUGAAAACAUCACAGAGAAAGACCUUAAAAGCAUGAUGUUUUUGCUGUCCAAAACUCUACCUCGCAGCAAACUGCAUGACAAAAUGACUACUCUUCAACUUCUGUUGGAGUUGGAGAAAGAGGAUCGUUUGAACAGCGACAAUUUGGACAUUUUGAAGGAAUGCCUAUCAUCUGUCUGCCCCAUGUUGACAAAAAGAAUCGACCAGUUUAAAAGAGAAACUGAUCGAAGGUCACAUCAACAGCCAAAUCAAAUCAACAUAAGACACAUAUCCCAAGAAACAGCAGAAGGAAAAAAUAGUGUGUCAGAGAUGGCAGUUUCACACGAGGGUUCAUCCAGCAUUUCCUCUGACGAGCUUCGUCCACCAUCAUAUUUCUCUACAACGCUCUCCCCAUCAAUGGAGGAAUCUGGAAUCGCAAGAGCUUCUGAACAUCCAGAGUCCUUGGUUGCCCCAACAGAAGAGCUGAGUCUUAGCAGCACUGAGGUGCAGAGCUUACACUUCUCUGUCUCCUCAGUCUCUUUGGAUCUUAAGCAACCCAGUUCACCCCCAAACACCUCAGCUACUGUUAUGGAACUGCCAAAAUAUGAGAUGAAGGGGGACAAAAGAGGCGUCUGCUUAAUCAUAAAUAAUUAUGACUUCUCAACUUCUGUUCAUCGACUUGGUAACAGACAAGGAACACAAUUUGAUGAAAUGAGGUUAAAGGAGGUGUUUGAGUGGCUGGGCUUUGAGGUAGUGGUCCGCCAGGAUUGCACCGAGCAGCAAAUACUGUGCCAGCUGCAGGAGGUCAGCGAGAGGGAUCACUCCCAGGUGGACUGCUUUGUGUGCUGCGUGCUCAGCCACGGCCUCAAUGGCACCAUCUAUGGAGUGGAUGGAAACCAGGUCAGACUCCAGCAAUUGACUGAGCCUUUCUCAGGGCACCUGUGCCGCUCCUUGAAGGAGAAGCCCAAACUCUUCUUCAUCCAGGCGUGUCAGGGCCAUAAAGAGCAGCAAAUCGUCUUCCUCCAGACUGAUGGUCCCGGGACUAUCUCCAGUGAUGCAGGAGUGCCCAAGAACUCCAUUCCGGCCGAUGCAGACUUCUUGCUAGGCAUGGCCACCACACCAGAUUAUGCCUCUUUCAGGGACAGAAAUGAGGGCACUUGGUUCAUUCAGUCACUGUGUGAAAAGCUGCAAUUACUGGUGCCUGGGGGGUGUGACUUGCUCACCAUCCUGACAGAAGUGAACAACGAUGUAAGCAAGAAAGCGUUUGGUGCCAAAAAGCAAAUGCCCCAACCAGUGUACUCACUACGGAAGAGAGUCAUUUUCCCCAUCCCUAGCAGCCCAGGGCCCCAUCGCUCAGCAAAAAAAGCAAUUGUGCGGUGAAGGAGUAGAAUUAUGAUUUAUAUAAAAAAAAUAUUACAAAAACAUAUAUGGUG